AUGGCGGAAAAUUAUUCCGCACAAGAGAUUAUCAAGACAUUGAAUCUCUCUCCACAUCCAGAAAAGGGGUACUACGUCGAGACCUUCCGCGACAGCUAUUCAUCAGACGAUCGCUCGCAUAGCACCUGCAUUUAUUACCUUCUCGAGGGAAAAAGUGGCCUCUCGCAAUGGCACCGUGUUCUUGAUGGCGCUGAGAUAUGGCAUUACUACGCCGGUGCCCCUCUGCAACUCUUACUAUCCUGGAAUGACGGGAAACCCAUUCGGGACACGAUUCUGGGAAUUGAUUUUGCGAAGGGUCAACGACCACAGGCCAUCGUUGAGCGUGGAGAGUGGCAGCACGCGAAAAGCCUAGGUGAUUGGACUCUUGUGGGGUGCACAGUAGCACCAGCAUUCUUAUUCGAGAGUUUUGAGAUGGCUGAAGCGGGUUGGGAGCCUCGCUCGGACAAUGUUAUUGAAGGCGAGUCCACGUCUAGCUAA